AUUUACCAGCUUGCUACAAGUCCGUGAACGCAGCGCAGUGAUCAAGCCGCCUGUAUUCCUCGCGCGGCGUCUCUCUGCGGCCAUGGUAACAAUACUGGACUUCUGAUUCACAAAGAACAACACAAACAAGGGCUUUUCAUGCAGCGCUCGGGGAAGGACCUGGACCUCUGCGUGUCGCCCACAGCGUUCUAGCUGCUCCUCAGCAUGAAUUUAUCCGAGAUUUGUGACAACGCCAAGAAGGGUCGCGAGUACGCGCUGCUGGGGAACUAUGACUCCUCGUUGGUGUACUACCAAGGCGUCGUCCAACAGAUCCACAAGCACUGCCAGUCCCUCCGGGACCCGGCGCUCAAAGCCAGGUGGCAACAGGUCAGGCAGGAACUCACCGACGAGUACGAGCAGGUGAAAGGCAUCAUGGGAACGCUCGAGAGCUUUAGGUCCUUGAAGCCAGCUGACGUUCUCGCCCCUCAAUGGGAGAGGCCUGAAGAUCCAGAUGUGUGGCCCCCUCCCACCCCUGCAGAACACAGGAAUGUGGUCCCAGCGAAGCGCCCCAACAGUGCGGCGAAGCAGCAAAGAAAGGAGUCCCCUGGUCUGCAGCAUAAAGGGGCCGGGCCGGGGGGGCGCAGUCAGGCCAACCAGAAACCAGACCGGCACGGCCCCCGAGGCACAAGGGCCAAAGAGGAAAAGGGGAAGAAGGGAGUCGGCGAUCCCUCAGGAGAUGGAGAGCAGAAGAAAUUCGACGGCACAGGCUAUGACAGCGACCUGGUGGACUCGCUGGAGAGGGAUAUCGUGUCCCGCAACCCCAACGUACACUGGGACGACAUCGCUGACCUGGAGGACGCUAAGAAGCUGCUGAGGGAAGCGGUGGUGUUGCCCAUGUGGAUGCCCGACUUCUUUAAAGGCAUCCGUCGCCCCUGGAAGGGCGUGUUAAUGGUUGGCCCCCCCGGGACGGGAAAGACCAUGUUAGCCAAGGCGGUGGCCACCGAAUGCGGCACUACGUUCUUCAACGUGUCCUCCUCCACCCUCACCUCCAAAUACAGGGGCGAGUCAGAGAAACUGGUCCGCCUGCUGUUUGAAAUGGCCCGCUUUUAUGCACCAACCACCAUCUUCAUAGACGAGGUGGACUCCAUCUGUGGCAGGAGAGGGACGUCCGAUGAGCACGAGGCCAGCCGCAGGGUCAAAUCCGAGCUCCUGGUGCAGAUGGACGGCGUGGGGGGAGCUCUGGAUAAUGACGACCCUUCUAAGAUGGUGAUGGUGCUCGCCGCCACCAACUUCCCCUGGGACAUCGACGAGGCGUUACGGCGCCGCCUGGAGAAGAGGAUCUACAUCCCGCUGCCCACAGCUGAGGGUCGCGUGGAGCUUCUGAAGAUCAACCUCAGAGAGGUGGAUGUGGCUGCUGACGUGGACCUGGACCUCAUCGCUGAGAAGAUUGAGGGCUACUCCGGAGCAGACAUCACCAACGUCUGCAGGGAUGCGUCCAUGAUGGCGAUGCGGCGGCGCAUCCAGGGCCUGAGCCCCGAGGAGAUCCGUGCUCUGUCCAAAGACGAGCUGCAGAUGCCCGUGACCAUGGAGGACUUCACCCUCACGCUCAGGAAGAUCUCAAAGUCCGUCUCCGCCGCCGACCUGGAGAAGUACGAGGCCUGGAUGGCGGAGUUUGGGUCAGUGUAGAGGACUUGGGCCGUUCGGACCCCAGAGGCUCAGCAGAAGGUUGUUGUGUGUGUGAGAUUACACAUCAGAAGAAGGAGGACUUUGAGAGGCAGCGUGAUGAGAGCGACUGCAGUUGGGGCUUGACAAACAAGUCGCCCCCCCACUGCCCACACAGGGAACGUUUUACAUGUCAGGCCUUGUGCAAGAACACUUGAUUCUUUCCUUCCUGAUCCCAAGCUAUUUCUCUGUUUCUAUUCCAUACGUGCCACUUAUUGACAAGGAGGCAGGCGUUGGUGUGAUUGGCUCAUUCGGCCCCACACCUUAAUGCACCCAAAACAACAGGGGAUCAUCAACAGGAAGUCUUCCCACAUUCAAAACUGAGGCAGCUGCCGCCGAGAGAGAAUUUCCUUAACAAGUGCUACGUGGGGACGUUAGAAAAAGGGCCUGAUGACGGUGUCAUUCUGACUGAGGCUUCAUGAUUCAGACUUUCUAGGAAGCCGUUGGUGGCUACUGGUGUUUCUUGCACAAGGCCCUUUUAGCACUUUUAAUGUACUUCCUUCAGGAGCCCAUGUACCUACUACUGACUGAACACACUUGAAGAACCACAAUGUUUUGUGUUGAAUAAUAUGUAUUCUUAGUAGGUUUUAAAACCUCAUUUGGGGAUUUUAGUUAGCACAGCUAAAACAAAAUGGAAUGUUUAUGAAAGGAACCGUGAAAUCUCAAUUUGUAAUUAAAUGAUUGUAUUGAUCACCCAAACGGA